ACGUAACUAGUGGUUUAGCUGGGGCGCAUUGUGUGGGUUCGAACGCGGGAGAGCGGAAGAAAGACACUGAACCAUGACAUCCACGAACAUGUAUCAGGGACUGGAUGAAGAUGCUAAACCGAGCUCUAGGGUGCUCAGACCGCCUGGAGGAGGCUCUAGUAACCUGUUCGGUGGCUGUGAUGAGGAGCCAUCAGUGAGACGGCCGGCUAAGAGCUCCAACAUAUUUGCGUCUCCAGAGGAGCCCCAGGAAUGCCCCAGGAGGACGAAUCCGCCGGGAGGGAAAAGCAGUGGGAUCUUUGAGCAGCCUGGGGCCCUUGCACCCCAGCAAAGAGCAGUGCCACCUGGCGGAGUGAGCAGCAACAUUUUUGGACCUGCAGAGAGCAAUCCACUGGCUGUCCGUAGCUAUCCCAGUAAACCAAAGGACAACAUUGGCAUUAAUGCUACACCAGCACCUCAAGUUCCGGAGCAGACAUUGGAACGUCAAGCAGAGAAAGAAAACACUUCAGCCUCACCAGUACCCAGCCAGGACACCUCCUGUUCUGUGCAGGAGAAAGAAACCUCCCCCCAUAAACCCACCGUGGAGGACCAUGAGCCCCGUCUGGGACCUAGACCUCGGUCCCACAACAAGGUCAUUCAGCCCCCUGGGGGGAAAUCAAGUGUGGUCUUCUACUGAGUGCAUCCAAGUUCCAGUGUUCUCCUCCAUGACUGUAAACAACUCUUGCACUUUCUACCCUAGCCCCACUCUCCUCUGUCUAUGUAGUAAGAAACUUUACUUGCAGUGUAGUUUAAAAGAAAGUCUCUCCCUCUGGGUUGUUUUUUUUUUUGUUUGUUUGUUUUAGUGCAGAAUGAAUUCAUUCAUCAGUCACUGAGAUGGUUAAACAGU